AUGGCUACCGCCAACAACUCCUAUUCCAACCAGUCUUGGGGGCCCCUCGACACGCUGCAGGCCAUCCCAAGCCCUCUAGAGAAGCCAGUUCCUUAUUUCAUCACGGCUUUCCUUUUGUUCGUCUUUUAUUUCUCGAUCCAGCAGACGGAACAGACGCCUCACACCGAUCUGCCCAUACUCAACCCGCGGCACAAGUGGGAUUUCGCCUGGUUGAAGGUCAAAUGGGACUUCAUUUUCAAGGUCCGACACAUUGUGGAGGAGAGGACCAAGACCAACCCCGAUGAGCCUUACCAGGUUCUCACCGAUGCCGGGGAUAUGACGAUUCUCCCCGCGGUGCCCUUUGCCAACGAGAUCCGCAACCACGAGGAUCUCAGCUUCGACCGCGUUCUGGACAAGGCAAGUUUCCCUUGGGACUACAAAGCCAGAGUGUGGGUAUCAAUAUUAACAGAACAUGGAUUGCAGAACUUCCAUGCUUACCUUCCUGGUUUUGAGCCAUUGAAGGAAGCCAACUCGCAAAAGGCGGUUCUCAAAUACGUCAUCCGGACAAGAUUGACCCAGUUCUUGUCCAAGUUGACGGCUCCCGUGUCCGACGAGACGACAGCUUCCCUGAACGACGUCAUCGGAGAGGAGAAGGAAUGGCAAACCGUCGUGAUCAAGGAGGAGAUGCUCAAGGUCGUGGCCCGGGUUUCCACUCGCGUCUUUGGCGGAGAGAAGCUCUGCCGCAACCAAGAAUGGCUGAAAAUCACCUCAGAGUACGCCAGAACCAGCUUUCUCGCCUCGGAGCUGCUCCGGAUCUUCCCCAAGCCCCUCCGGAGCUUCGUCCACCAGAUCAACCCGCUCAGUCGCAAGCUUCAAGCCCAAGUGAAGGAAGCCAGGGAGAUCAUCAACCCGAUUGUCGAGGAGCGCCGCCUGGAGAAGAAGGCUGCUCUGGACCGCGGGGAAGAGGAGCCCGAGUACAACGACUGCCUCGAGUGGUGCGAGGAGGCUUGCGAAGACGCCAGCUCCGACCCUGCCAUGAUGCAGCUGGGGCUUUCCUUUGCUGCCCUUCACACGACAUCCGAUCUCAUCACACAGGUGAUGCUUGACCUUGCCAAGUAUCCCGACUACUUUGAGCCCCUCCGAAAGGAAGUCACCGACGUGAUCCGCACCGACGGAUGGUCCCGUAUGGGUCUUUACAAGAUGCGCCUCCUCGACUCUUUCUGCAAGGAGACCCAGCGCCUGCACCCCCUUGGGAUCGUUGCCAUGCACAGAGAGGUCACCAAGCCCGUGACCCUCUCUAAUGGCCUGGAACUCCCGGAGGGCAGCCGCAUCGCCGUCAGCUGCCACCGCAUGCGGGAUUCUUCCAUCUAUCUGGACCCCGAACGCUUCGACGGGAACCGAUACCUCCGCAUGCGCGAGUCUCUCGGCGCCGGCAACGACGGAGCCGCCCACUUCGUCAGCACCUCGCCCGAACACCUCGGCUUCGGCCACGGCCAGCACGCGUGCCCGGGUCGCUUCUUCGCCGCCAACGAGGUCAAGAUCAUCCUCUGCCACCUCCUGCUCAAGUACGACUGGCGGCUGGCGGCCGAGGCCCGGCCCAACUCGGUCAACUUUGGCUUCACCAUCGAGGUCGACCCCAAGGCCAAGAUCGAGAUCAGGCGGAGGACCGGCGACUUGGGGCUCAAGGCGUAG